UUGAAACUAUGCCAUUCAGUAUUUUAUUGAUCUGCUUUUCUCUCGAUCAGUGCUUGUAUUGCCGACAGUAUUUGUGUUUAAUGGAUGUAUUUUUCUGACAGUUUACUAGGGUCUGCAAUAAAAGCCAAAUGAAACAGAAAGUCUUCGAUGGUACCGGAUACGAAAUCGUUAAGAAAAAACAGGAUGACAGCAAAAAUGAGAGUUCUCACCUACCGACAGACAAGGUACCGGUAAAUGGCGUUUGCUGUCCGAGUCGACUCAUUCUAGCUGGUAUGGGCUUCUGGUACGGGGUUCUUGGAUAUGGGCUCAGCACAAACAUGAGUGUCGCAAUCGUGUGUAUGGCCAAGCUCCCUAAUGGAAACGCCUCUUUCAGUCAAAAUCAAACAAUUAAUAUCAACUGGACGGAUCGAAUACAGCGUGUAACCUCUGUGUAUCAGAUUCAGACAAAUAUUAGCAUUGCAAACAGUCACCUGUCAUCGUGUGAGUCAGUAGAUGCCGAGCAAUUUUCAUCAGAGACGGCGGAGUUCGAAUGGAGUAAAAAGACCCAGUCCCUGAUUCUGUCCGGUUUCUUUUACGGCUACGUGGUGACGCAGAUCCCCGGCGGCUGGAUGGCCACUCGGUUUGGUGGCAAGAUAGUGAUUGGCUUGUCAAUGGCUCUAGCGUCCCUGUUCACUCUGCUGAUGCCAAUGAUAGCAAGGGCAAGCCCAUAUGCUGUUUUCGUUAACAGAAUCGCGAUUGGAAUUUCAUGCGGCAUUGCCAAACCAGGAUGGUACGCCUUAACCGGAGCGUGGGCGCUGUCUAAUGAAAGAACUCGCUUUAUCAGUACACUGUGGAUAGGACAAACCAUAGGAACGGUUGCAGGAUAUGCUAGCUCUGGUUUCCUUUGUUUACACGGAUUCGACAAUGGGUGGGCGUCGAUAUUUUAUAUUCACGGAGCAUUUGGAGUUCUAUUCGUUGCGGGUUGGAGCUUCCUCGUGUUCGACAGACCAGAAAAUCAUCCCAGGAUAAGCCAAAUUGAAUAUGUGCUUAUCAGAUCCAAUUUGAAACGGACAACGGAACGUGCUGUGUCUGACACCAAUAAUGGCCUGUACUCUGCCCUGCCGUGGAUUUCCAUGCUGAUCGGAGUUAUUCUCGCCGGUAUCGGAGCAGACAGUUUACGCGCGAAAGGCUGGAUUUCCGUAACGAAUGUGCGAAAAUUCUUUCAGGUCUCAGCUUCGAUCGGCGUGGCGGUGUUUCUCUGUGUACCUGGAUUUCUCACGUGCGAUCAACGAGGCCUGGUGAUCGCUUGUCUGUGUGCGUGUACUAUGCUGGAAGGCCUUGGAUUUGGCGCUGGAUAUACGUGCAACUGGGUCGACAUGUCGCCUAGGUUCGCUUCGUUGCUAUUUGCUGUGUCCAACACAGUCGCCAGCAUUCCGGGGAUCGUAGUUCCGGUUAUCGUUGCUGAAUUGACCGAAAAUCAAACAAGCGAGGACUGGCGUGUCGUUUUGGUCGGAGCGUCUGUGAUAUCCGUGCUAGGAGCCCUCGUCUAUGGGAUGUUCUCUUCCAGUGAUCUCGCCCCCUGGUCCGAACAUGAAUAUGAUGAAAGUGAGGUAGAACCCACAGACAGUAAACUGUUUUUGUAGACGAGUGCAUGAUUUUCACAUGUAUAAGGUUGUGUUAAAGAACCAACAGUUAUCAUGAGUAAGUGAGCCAAAAAUAAGUAUAACUUUUCAAGAUUUGGUUCGUAGUUUUACCGCCGUAACCAUUUUUACUAUAAAUGUUAUACUUUUUUCUCUACUCGUAACUGAAGGACACAUUGUGCAAAGAUUAAUUGUUCUUCAGCAAUUUCACCAAUUUCACAGCUUUAGAAUUAUAUUGAUUAAUGAUAGUAAAAGUUGAGUAUGUAUUAUUACGCCAAAACGAUAAUAGUUAAAGGGACAUGGUACCCAAAACGUUACAGUGUAAAAUACCAAACAAAUCGAUUGCGCGAAACAGCAUUCGAAUUAGGUUUCAUGAGUGUAUGUGUGAGUUUUGGAGGUAGAUGUACACAUUAGUUUUGCUACGUGAUGCAUCCACCACGAAUCCUAUAUAGCCCCUCGUUGUGUUUUUCUUGAGGUAUAAUGAUACAUGUAGUUUUAAACGUCGUUCAAUCUUUAACAAGUUUGUCAGGAAUACGAAUCCGACAUCACUUAAUUGUUAUUCUGAAAUCAGAAUUAUUGAAACUUCAUCAUGUAUAAAAAUAGAAUGCAAAACGUUUUCUCUUAUAUAAUGUUAAAAACUAAGCUAGGUUCAAUUAUGAUAUCAACAAAUUACUGUUUUAUAGCCUAUUUUCCAAUACAAACGUUGUUUUAAGCUGAAAUAGCAUUUAGCGACAACAAAAAGUAAAUGUACUGUACCAUUUCAAAAUUAAUAGUGCAAUGUGGCUUUUUAACACCGUUUGAGAAGAAGGUCUUACUAACUAAAGCUUCUUUACUUUUACAAAUUGUACGGAUACAUCUAAAAGAAAAAGUACCCUUUUAAUGAUUCAAAAACGGUAAUACAUUGAAGACACAUGAGCGACCAAGCAGGAGGAAGUUGAUGAUCAUGCCGCUCAUCUGCAUAUGAAAGUCGGCCCAUCCUGAAUCAACCCAGUGGCUGAAUCAGGAUUCACAGCUCCAGCGUGUUGUGCAUUGUAAAGAUGAGCAAGGGAACCCAAAUUGUAAACACACUGCCUGUCUAAUCCAGAAUCAUCAAUCGGAUGGCAAUGCACCUAGUGGCAAUAAAUCGAGAGAUGCGUCCGACUACAAAACUUCCAAAUUAAAAUGCGAUGUUAAUGUAGCUCCCUUGCCUGACUUAGCUCCCUUGCCUGACUUAGGAGUCGAACAGCUCAAUGACGUAAGCACUUAUACAUUUUCCUAGAAUACAAAAACUACCAAUUAUAUUGAAAAAUAAUAAUACACUAAACAUUUGAAACCCAUAAAAGACUUUCCCACCAGUACACGUGUUAGGAUUGAUAUUAGUUUAAGAAUGUUUAGCAAACAUGCGCAUUUUGUUACACAGUGUUAAUAUCCUGGACUUUUCUGAAACCUGUAUCCCCUGCAAUGAUAUUCGUAAAUCACGGCUGAUUAAGCAAGCGUUUUAAUGACUGAGAUCUAAAAACAACAUAAGUGCAAGUAAACUGGUAUAAAAAACAUCAUAAAUACCUACUUCGCAUUUCAUAUCAAUGAUUUGCGUUUUUAUUGCAUGUUUACUUUACCAAAGCUGUACUUCUACAAAUGCCAUAUAAAUAUGCACAUCACAGGCUAUUACAUACUUGAUGGAAAGGUGAAAGCAAGAUUUGACAAUUGCAAUUCAAAAUGGAUAAAAUCAACAUAUUUAAGAUUUUUGGUCUAUUGAUGAUGAUGGACUUGACACACCAGUGGAUGAAAGUAGAAAACAACAACAAAACUACAAAGUAAUAUGAAGGUAUUGUGCGCAGCUGGCACUGGAAGGUCAAUUGUUGUCGUUGUAUAUUUUCUCGAAAAUCUUAUAACAAUGUUACUGACAUAGUUUAAACUUUUGGCGGUUCAUAUCGCGAGAGCGAUUUCAUGUGCCUGCUGGCUAGCUGUAGUUUUACCGUCAUUGACGUUGUUACUGUUCCGUGGAUAGCUAAGAUUGUUUAUAUUGAUGUGCCCCGGUGUUGUGACACUGACUGUACAGAUAUAUUAAGUGAAAGUGUUAUUAUCAAAGUACUCACAGUUGCCAUGUCAAAUUUGUUGUUGACCGCGAUGGGGUAACUAAAUUUAAACCCAAUUAUAGACACGAGUUUACUUUGUAGAAUUACCCCACCCGGCAUUUCAUCUACUGUUUCCUGCUAAUUCAACGUAUAUUCCGAUUUAGAACAUGCAAGCAACUUAGCUAUAUUGUGUAACAGACUUAUAUUACUUCGUUUCAUAAGCUUCUAACUUUUAAAAACAUGAGGAAUUUCACGUAAUUGUGUCUGUUUCAUAGCAACUUAUUGCAAUAUCAUAGUCAGUCAGCCAUCUUGUUUCAUUGAUUUUUGACAUUUAUGUCACAUCCUUUUUACCAAGGUUGCUAUAACCGCGAAGUUUAAACUCUAGAGGUUGUUAAUUUUUACCUUGUAUUGUAAUUUUGCUCUGCUUAAGCCCUCAAAACUUAAGGCAAAAAUGUAUAUUCUAGCAUAUCUAUCUUAAUCGCCAUAUUUUCAGCGGUUCUAUUUUUAGACCGAUCAAAGUUUUACUAGUCGAUUCCAUUUUAGGCGAUCGAUCGCAUUUUCCUAGAUCGAUCAGCUGUAGUCGAUGCGCUUUUAUGGUGUCGAUCUACGAGUCGAUGCAGUAGUCUGCAUCAGGCAUAUAUAAGGAGCGUAGAUUUUUGCUCAUGAGUUCUCCAGUUUUCUUUCGUGGCGGAAGCCUGCGUUUAACAUCUCGGCAUUUUUUCAAAGUAAUUGUAACAUAAAAGAAUCAAGAAAUAUUAAAGAACAUUAGUUAAAUAAUAAGCGGAACUGUUUUACAGCGUUUUAGUAAUUUGUCAGAUUUUUCUAAAGAUUUAUAAACAUUUUAUCAAUUAAAGGCGGUUGAUGGCUGACUGUUUUAGCAUUUGGUUGACAUGGAAAUAUAACUGCUUUAAUCAUAUAUAAUUACAACAUUUUAACAUUUCUCAAAACGUCGAUUUUACUAUACAUGUUUUCAUGUUGAUGUUUACAUAGUAAACUGAAUAAAUAUGUUAACGGUUAUU